GCGCCGGUAGCCGAUCGCGGGCCGUGCGCCGCAGGUCGCUCCAGAGGGAUGCUCUUGCCCGAGCGGCGAGACCAGCCCCGCUCGCCCCCCGCAGCCGCCGCCCCGCAGCCGCCGGCGUCCGCCGACAUGUCUCUCUACUGCGGCGACAACUUCGGCGGCGUGUACUCGCAGCCCGGCCUGGCCCCCGCCGCCGCCGCGGGCGCCCCCCCGGCCGCCAGGGCGCCCUACGGGCUGGCCGACUACGCCGCGCCCGCCGCCGCCAACCCGUACCUGUGGCUCAACGGCCCGAACGCGGGCGCCGCCCCGGGCGCCUCGGCAGCCGCCUACCUGGGCGCCCCGCCGCCGCCCCGGGGCGCCGCCGGGCCCUUCCUGCAGCCGCCGCCCGCCGCCGGCACCUUCGCCUGCGCCCAGCGGCCCCUGGCGCCCGCCGCGCCCGCCGCGCCCUCGGGGCCCGCGGCACCCUGCGACCUGGGCUGGCUGUCCGUGGCCAGCCGCGAGGACCUGAUGAAGAUGGUGCGGCCGCCCUACUCCUACUCGGCGCUCAUCGCCAUGGCCAUUCAGAGCGCGCCCGAACGCAAGCUCACGCUCAGCCACAUCUACCAGUUCGUGGCCGACAGCUUCCCCUUCUACCAGCGCAGCAAGGCGGGCUGGCAGAACUCCAUUCGCCACAACCUGUCGCUCAACGACUGCUUCAAGAAGGUGCCCCGCGACGAGGAUGACCCAGGAAAAGGUAAUUACUGGACUCUGGAUCCAAACUGUGAGAAAAUGUUUGAUAACGGGAACUUCCGCCGAAAGCGAAAGCGCCGCUCUGAGGCCAGCAGCAGCUCCACGGUGGCUGCAGGGACGUCAAAAUCAGAAGAGGGUCUGUCCUCAGGAUUAGGGGCUGGAGCGGGUGGGAAGCUGGAAGAAGACAGCCCCUCUGCUCUGCUAAGGCCUUCCCAGUCUCCAGAGCCUCCUGAGGGCACCAAGAGUGUCUCCUCCCCUGGAGGAGCUGGGCUCACCUCCACUCCUUGCCUCAGCACCUUCUUCAGCAGCCUCAGCACCUUAAGUGCCAGCAGCACUGGGAGUGCCCAGCGAGCUGUGGCCGGCAGCCACCCCCUAGGGAUCCAGGGGGCCCACCUGCCCUCCAGCAGCACGUUUCCUGCCAGCUCCGUCUCGGAAGCCUCAGACAACCUGCAGCUGAGCACCAGCACCAGCAAUGGCAGCAGCCAGAGAUCUUCCUACUAUAGCCCUUUCCCUGCCAGCACUGGUGCGGGGCAGAGCAGUCCCUUCAGCCCGCCUUUCUACAACUUCAGCAUGGUCAACAGCCUCAUCUACUCGAGGGAGGGCUCUGAGGUAUAGACAUGAUGAUGCACACCUGAGCUCUUGUUAAAAUCCAGAUUCCAAGGCAGCUGAUCUGGAGCAGGUUCUGCGUUUCUCUGGAGCUCCUGGCUGAUCUGGUCCAUUAACCACAUCUGGGAGUAGCCUGGGUGUAUAAGACAACUCUUUCUACAACCCAGCAUGCUUCUCCAGGUUGCUCAGGAUAGGGCCUCUCUGGAGAGACAGCCAUCCUACUCUGACCCAGGAUGACAGUGAGCCCUGUGAGGACAAGGGACUACAUCUGUUCUGUUCAUUACUGUAGAUCAGGGUCACAAGCUCAAAUGUGUACAUGGCUAGCUAAAAAUAAAAAAAGUGAAUGACGUUAUUGGGGAGGAAAAAGAUAGCAAUUGGCAUUGGAAGCAUCAGGGAGUAGUUGGGACUGACCCACUGAAGGCUGCUGUGGACAGCUAAUUCUUUCCUUCUGCCUGGCAGCAUUCUGAUUUUCCUAGAAAAGACACAUCUGUAUUUUAUAGGAAACCUCCAUUUAAAUUCUUGGCCGCUAAAGUUUAAAAAAAUACUGUACUGGGAAACCCCAAUACCCAUGA